GAUUUCUUGAUUCAAUUAACCGCCCCUUUCACAACUGAGAAUCGAGAGGGGCCGCACACCUCUGUUGCUGGGACUAUGGAUGUUUUCGCAAUCCCAGCUCGGCUCAAGUUGUACGUGUGGAACCGGGACCUGCAGGACACAAAUCGUCAGUAAAAUAGCGACAGUCCCAUACCGCUGACGUCUCCUCGCUUGCUGGCGCUGGUGGGCAUCCGACCACGCCGGCAAUUUUCUUGACCUCCAUUGCCACUUUUCCCCAAGCGGCCCGAUCCGCUUUCCAAACCCUCCUUUUCUUACCUUCUUCUUUUUUCUUUUCCCGGGUCCGUACAUCACUGCGGGUUAAAAUCGGCGUUAUUCUUCUUUCCUAGACUGAGCGAUAAUACAUAUGGCUCCCAACAAUAGCAAGCGAGCCGCUGCCGAGUGUGUCUCGGACGAUGCGCUCAUCCACCUCAAAUCAUAUAAGUACUCAGCAGUCGACAAGUCACCAAUAUCCCACUACAUCCUAAGACCAUAUUGGAAUGCCUUCGUAGAGCUGUUACCACUAUGGUUAGCGCCAAACAUGGUGACCCUUCUAGGGUUCAUGUGCAUUCUGUUCAACGUUGGCCUACUGGUGGUUAUGAUGCCGGAUCUUGAAGGACCGGCGCCACCGUGGGUAUACUACAGCUUCGCCUUCGGACUCUUCAUGUACCAGACAUUUGACAAUGUCGACGGCAAGCAAGCGCGGCGUACCGGAACGUCGAGCGGACUGGGCGAGUUGUUCGACCACGGCAUUGACAGCCUCAACUGCACGCUGGCCAGCUUACUGGAGACGGCCGCCAUGGGUCUUGGCACCUCCAAGUCUGGUGUGUUCACGGCGCUGUGUCCCUGCAUUGCCAUGUUCUUCUCCACAUGGGAGACGUACCACACGCAUACGCUCUACCUCGGCGUGAUCAAUGGCCCGACGGAAGGCAUCCUGCUAGCUUGCACCUUCAUGAUCAUUAGCGGCUACUAUGGCCCGGGUGUCUGGACGGAGCCGCUGGUGAAGUUGAUAGGCGACCGCAUCUACUUCCUCCGCAACCUCGGCCUGACGGACGAUACACUGGCCGAGCUCUCGAUUCGCGACCUUUGGGUGACCGUCCUCGUCACCUCCCUUCUCCUCACCCACAUUCCGUUUUGUAUUCACCACGUCGUCAAGGCCCGUCGUGCCCGCGGCCAGCCAGUAGCGCCGGUAUUCCUGGAGUGGACGCCGAUGGUCGUGUACACGCUCAGCAUUGGCAUGUGGCUGUACAGCCCGUACUCGACGAUCCGGUCUGAGAAUCACUUGGUACUGUUUUGCAUCAUCAUGAGUUUCGUCUUUGGCCGCAUGACCACCAAGAUGAUUCUAGCGCACCUGACGAGGCAGCCCUUCCCAUACUGGACCGUCAUGCUGUGGCCGCUGGUUGGCGGCGCUGUGCUCGGCAACCUGCCCAGGUUCGGCUUGCCCGCUGUGUCGGCCGGCACGGAACACGCGUACCUGCUCGGCUACCUGGUCUUCGCAGCAGUCGCCUACUUCCGCUGGGCGUACCUUGUCACGACGAGCAUCUGCAACUAUUUGGGCAUCAACUGCCUGACCAUCCCGUACGAGAAGCAGAUGGAGAAUGCCAAGGUUGCGAAGAUUGUGGCGAACGGGAUGGCGAAUGGGAAGAAGCUGGAGUGAACGAAUGACGGAGUGUGGAACGACUGUGGGCGGUUUUUCAACGGUUACGAAGAGGUUCCGGGUGGCGGAGAGGGAAGCAUUAGGUAUUGGUUGCUACCAAGAGGCGGCUCCUGAGGCAACUCUUGAGCCCUGAGCUCCUUUUAUUUUUGUCUUCAUUUUUGUCUCGAGUUGUUCAAUCGCCUUCGGUGGCAUUGGCAUUGGCAUUGGCAUAGGCAUCAUAUCAUAGCACGGCGUUCUUGUAGGGUCUUGAUAAUGUCUAUCUGGCCGUUGACUGUGAUAAUCAGUUGCAUGUUUGCUUGGGUAUAGAGCUCCAUAGGUCCAGAGAAGGUUAUAUAGAGGGAUCUGAUUGGUUAUCUGAGACGAGCUUGAGAGACGCAAGAGGUUUUGGUAGAUACUACGGCCGUGUCAUCCUU